GAGGAUGAACCUAUUUAUAUAGCUGUGAAAGGUGUGGUGUUUGAUGUCACUUCUGCAAAAGAAUUUUAUGGGAAAGGAGCACCAUACAAUGCACUAGCUGGCAAAGAUUCAACACGAAGUGUUGCAAAAAUGUCCCUGGAUCCAGCAGAUCUCACUUAUGAUACAACGGGACUCACAGAAGAGCAGUUGCGAUCUCUGGAUGAGACCUUUAGCAAUGUCUACAAGACCAAAUAUCCUAUUGUUGGCUACACUGCCCGAAGAAUUCUCAAUGAAGAUGGCAGCCCUAACCCAAACUUUAAACCUGAAGAUCAGCCACAUUUCACUAUUAAGGAUGAGUUUUAACAAUAACUUGGCAAUCCCAUGACUACUACAAAGAACAGGAAGGUAUCUACAAACUGAAGAAUAUAAUGGACCUAAAUUGGCUUCAUAUCUUUGAGGAUGAUUGCUUUUUAUUUUAUCAUCAUUGGUUAGUUAAUAAUAUUAAUACGCAUGAUAAAACUAUAGUGUGUGUGUGAAAAUUGUUUUGAUCAGCAAAGUGUUCUGUUUCAGUGUCAGUGGAGAAGCAGUUAUUUUUCUUUAGCUAAUUAUUUGGCUAACUAAAUGGAAAAACUUAAGAGCAGCAUCUGUUGACAAGGAGUCCCAUGGUCAAUCCCACUGAACAUUACUUAUUCAAAAUCCUCAUGGCCAUAUAAAACAUACAAUUAGACAAACCAUCCUGGUUGGGUUAAUAACCAAUAAUUGGUUAUUAACAAUAUCCAGUUAAAUUAGUGAUUCUUGAUGGAGGUUACUUGUGCCCCCUUCUAGGGCAGUGGGUUCUGUCUGUCUUGUCUAUUUCGUCUACUCAACAGUCAGUAUUGAGGGAGUUUCCUUUGAGUGUUUUCCCAUUAACUCUGCAUUAUUUCCAUAAACUAGUAGUAGAAAGUUUGUAUCUUUCUGUUACAAAGUUCCCUGUUUUGGAGUAAAGUCUGUAAAGAAGAGAGAUAGGGCAUAAGUCUCAGGAGAGGAGUGUAGGCUACUAUUUUGAGCAGUUGCAUGGUGACAUAGAAAAUGUUUACAGGAAAUUAAUAAUACUAACCUAUUUUGCAUAUUGUUUUAAGAUUGAAUUAAUACAGUUUUUAUGAAGUAUCAGAAACAUUAACAGUCUGAUUUUAUUUAUCUUAGUAUUCAAAUGGAUAUACUUGCUUUAUGUGUGUUUACAUAAUUCUUCCUAACACUGAAUUCCAUAAAAACCAGGUCUGCAAUUCUGCAGAACAACUACAAUAUGCGCAGCAUGACUUGGGUUCCAUCUAUACUGCAUAGCCUUUCACUCGUUCUCCUGAUGCCCAAUAAUGGUUGAACUGGAAGAAAUAAAGGUCAUUGGAUGCACUAAGCACUGACUAUAAUAACUAUGUGGAUCUGAUAUUUGAUACAUCAUGUGUAUAUCUGCUGUAUUUGUUACUUCUUUCUUGUGGGCAAAAUAAAAUAAUCUUAAGACUCAAGUCCACCUCAUUAAAUGACUUUGGUCAUAUCAAAAGAA